AUGUCCGACAUCACCCCCUUCAUCACCGCCCUGGAGGCUGCCCAGAAGAAAGAAAAGUUCACCCCCGAGGUCCAAGAAGCUGCCGCCGGCAUCGACAUCGCAGCCCUGAAGGAAGUCUACGAGAAGGUCGUCGAGCAGGGCGAGUUCGAGAAGCUCGAUGAUGCCGCCGAGGCCGAGACCCUCCGCAAGGCCUUCGAGUUCGCCGCCAAGGCUGUUAUGAUGCUGAAGACCUCCCCCGGUCUUAUGGAGAAGAAGGACCUCUACAUCUACUUCAAGGUUGGCAAGGGUGACGUUAUGGAGAAGCCUGGCAUGUUCGAUAUCCAGAAGAAGCAGCUCUACGGUGCUUGGGAGAAGGUCAAGGAUUACAGCCCUGCUAAGGCCCACCAGCUCUACAUCAGCCACGUCAACACCCUCAUUUCCAAGUACGGCACCCGCGACGAAUAG